AUCGCAGGGCAUAUGUGCGUUAAUAUGUUCAGCGAAAAUGUUUCACUCAUAGCACCACAAGCUGGCAGCAGAAAGUGUUGCAGAAAGUGUUGCACAAAGAAAUAAAAGUCAAGAAGCAUCACCUGGCUGCAUUCCAAUGAAUCUUCUGAUCUUUCACAUUGUACAAGAACCACUUGACCUCUUUCAAGUCAUGCAGUCCCCAGGAAGAACCUCCUCUCAGCCCUCACAGGAUUUCUUGAGCUCCAAUGACGGCAUACUGUUCAGUAAUGAUGAUCCAGACGUCUUCCAGUUGGAGGACGAGUCACGCGAAACCCGUUCGGCUCAGUCCAUUCUCUCUAACAGAAGUGUUUACAGUGUGGAUGGAGAGGCUACGCUAUCUGGAUCUCAGUGGGCGUGUGACGGGUUCAGUGAAUCCAGUGACCCUAAGAGGUCUGAAGAAGGGAAAGCCAAAGAGAGAACGGAAGGAGAUAUGCUAUUUGCACGGAAGUGCUUUGAGCUACAGGGGUUUGUCAGACCUCUGCUGGAGCUUCUCAAUGGACUGAAGAAAGGACGAUUUGACAAAGGCCUGAGCAGUUUUCAACAGAGUGUCGCAAUGGACAGAAUUCAAAGGAUUGUAGGAGUCCUGCAGAAACCACAUAUUGGAGAGAAGUACUUGCCAACUUUACUGCAGUUAGAGGUGAUGUUAAAGGUUUGGUUUCCUCAAGUGAAUCCUCAAGUUUCAUCGACACCAAACCCUGCUGACCUUUCACCUCGGGACAUUUCCAUCCAAAGCAGCAAUACUACACCCCCACACAAGCACAAAGACCAGCUACAUAUUCCAGUCAAGAAGCGAAGGCUGAGCUGGUCGGACACAGACACACUGUCCUCCUCACCUUCCGUGGUUUGUAAGCGGUUGAAUAUCAAAGGCUGUGAAGAGCAACAUCAUUGGGCAUAUGUUGAGGGAGGGGAGGGCUCUUCGGGGACUCCUCCCCCUUCCUCACAGACAAACCAAUCUGAAAGGAGACAAGGUGAAACAUCAAAGCACAAGAUCCUCCAGUUGUCCAGUUCCAAUUUGACAUGGGUGCAUGUCGCUCCCAUCUUCUCCCCCCCAAAGUCCGGACCUUCUCAUAAAGGUGGAGCUAAAGAGAGAGGGAGCAACUACGUCCUCCUCACCAGCAGGAACAGACCAGCCACGCAGGACAGUUCCAUCUCCUCCACGACACCUUUCUCAGAGCCAGCUGGCAGUCCAUUCAAGCCAGUCACAUCGGGGACUGCAAGUGCUUUGCAGGGGCGUGUUCAGACCCCACCGAUCACAUUGAAGCCUUCAUGUCUGGUACAGCAAAGCCCUUUACAAAUCUGAUGCAGAAAACCAAGUACAAAAGGCAGAGAGAUUUGAGUCAUUGGACGGGUGAAGGUUUUGUCUUAACGUAAUUACUAAAAUAGUAUAAGUAAAGAACCUUAGAGAACUUUAAACUCAAGAUGUUGGACUUGAGAUAUGAUUGGAUUGAACAAUUGUUAUUGAGAAUACCUGAGUUUAAGGUGAAGCGUGUGUAAAUUCUGCUGGUUUAAUAGGAUAAGGGGAAUGAAAAUUCUAUCAUCAUUUAUUCACUACCAUGUCAUUCAAAACCUGUAUAUGACUCUUUCUACUGCAGAACACAAAAGAAGAUAUUUUGAGAAAUGGUUUUGUGUCCUUACAAUAGAAGUCAACGGGGGCCAAACGUUUAACAACAUUUUACAAAAUAUCUUCUUUUGCUUUCUAAAGAAGAAAUAAACUCAUACUGGUUUGCAAUGACAUGGGGCAGAGUAAAUGAUGAAAAAUUCUAAAAUAUUUCUUGGGUGAGCUAUUCCCUGCAAUCUGUAACUUUUGCCUCUAUAUCGCCAUCUCUGUUUGAAACAAAAUUGUGAUUUUAUUUUACACAUAAUUACAUGUGUUAAGGUCUGACAUUUCCCGUGAUAUCCAACCUGACAGCUCAACGUAUACAUCAUUACUAUAAGAUUACCUUUGUUAGUUAGGGUAAGGUAAAGAGACUCUUUUGGUUUUAUGUACUUUGACAGAAUUUGUUUUUUUUCAUUUUUGCACUGAAAAGGUUACAGAUUGAAGCUUUAAGGAAAUCUGAAAGGGAGCUAUAGUCAUUGACUUUGCUGCAAUCCCAAAAUCUGGUCCAAGUAUGACCAGAAGGCAAUAAUUUUAAUGAGACAUCAAUGCAAGGUCAACCUGGUGGUACAAUCUAUCAUUUUAAUAUUUUUUAUAUCAUUGAAUAGAUUACAUACAAAAAACGCCAGGUACAUGACUGUGUUGUCUCUCAAAUUGCUACAGGACAUUGAGUGUUGACAGCCAGUAAGACAUGAAUGAUGGGCCCUUUUUUUAGCUCUGAAAAGAAAACGUAGCAACAAUAUAACAUGUUUACUGUCUGAUCUCUCACAAAAUUAUGAGUUGCACGUAACAGAGGAUGUUACCAUUUGUGUUACUGUAUUUUACAAAGGCAAUCUUUUUUCCAUCCCAGUGGGACUUUUUGCACUUGCAGUGAUGGGAUUUGAAUUAUAAAUGAAAGCACUUAAUCAGAUACAGUCAGUGUAAGCAUUUUCCAUAAUUCUCACACUGUUGUAAUGCAGGAAGUGAUGUAAUAUACAGUACAGGAUAAAAGAAGAAAAUGUACAGAGUCUAAGUCGGCUUGAUUCAAAAGAAAAUGUGUGUGUACGCUGCUGACUGUCUACUGACUUACUACUGUAGAUCUCAAAGUUUUGCUGAAAACCGGAGAUGAAGCGCUUUGAUGGUGCUGUUGAGUGACACUAGGCAUCUUUGACUAACGGUCGAAAAAAAGGAUUACAGACACCAUGAUAAUAACAGUUCUAAUAUGCCAACACUUGGAAUCUUUAUUUAUUCAUUUAAACGUUUAUUUAUGUUUAUUUGUAAAUGUAUUUAUUCAUAAGGCAGCUCAGUUUGUGUGAGCUUGUUCUGUCUUGCACUCUUUUUUUCAUCAUCGAGUUGCUAUGUUUGAGGUUUUAAUAUCUUUAUUAAGAGAAAAGUGGGAUAAAUGAAGGCAAUCUCAGAUUGGAAACCCUGUGCCUUUUCUCCAAAAAGGAUGUGUGUUUAAACUUAUUGAUUGUGUUUUUUUAUCAGAUGGUACAAAACACAAAUAUCAAACGUUUUUUAAAUGCACGCAUUUGUUCAUGAAAAUAUUGCUUAUUUGUUCUCAUUUAGAAAUGAGAAAAAUAGUAACCAAUGACCACUAACAGCAUGGGCAACGGGAGAAACUGGUGUGACCGAUUAAAAAUAAUAAAGUUAAUUUGUAGUCAUGGCAACAUUCGAAGUGACUGACUUGAAUCCACCAAAAGUUGUAUUUUGGGGUUUAAGAAAUUAAAUCGUAAAAAAAAAAAAAAUGUGCAAAAGUGAAUAAAUAACUGGACAUACUGUAAGCAUGUAGCAAUGUAAUGAGGGACAAACUAAUUUUCACAUGCUGCUAUGUUGCUGAUUUAUUUGAGAAAUAGAUUUAAUUUGCCUAAAAUCCAGUUACUUGCCCCUAUAGCAAUAGAAAUACUUGCAAUUCUUAAACCAUAACUUAAGGGUUAUUAAGUAAUUGACUUUUUUUACAUAAUGAUUUUGUAGAAAUCCGUGGCACUUAUUUUUUAUUGUUAAAUUGUCAAGUUUUAUACUGUACAGACCAAGAGGUUUGAUCAUAAAGUACGUGUAUUGGUUGUUUCAUCUUUUUUAUAUAACUGUAUUCUAAAUCUGUCCACAUACUGUCUUUCAACAAGACCAUUUAAUAAACAAUACAUUUUAGAAGUA